UGGAUACUGGACAAGUUUUUUGUUGUCGAUGGGUCCGUAGGUGACGUCACAUCCGUCGGUCUGUCACGAGUUGUUGACUUGCCUUGUUCACAUGAAACCGGGAAGUUUUGUCGGGCUCUUAACUAUUAGCAAAGAGAUUCGAAUCUCUUUGCUAUUAGCUAGCUAGUUGAGAGCCGCUGUUUCGCUGGUCUAGAAAAAUGGCAUUAACUGUUGCUAGGUAACACACUGCAGAUGGUGGCAUUGUCAAUGUGCCAGUAUUGUACCUCUAGGUCCAUGAUACCCGUACACUUUUCUAGAACUCUAACUAACUAGACUUAUAAGCCAAGUUUAGUACUCUAGCUAUAGCUAACCCGCAGUGAUAACAAGGCAGUUAGCUAUGCAGAAGAGAAAAACGAAAGCGGCUUGCUAACUGGUAAGAACGCGGGUGGACACAUCUGCUCGUGACAGUCGGAGGAAUAGUGGACAAAACUCGCCCAUCAUACCGGAGACCAGCUGCCAUCCGCAGGCGGCCUAGGAGACAUCGAGGGAUGGAUCAACUCAAAGUCAAAGACAGAAUACUGGAAAACAUUUCCCUCUCUGUAAAGAAGCUGCAGAGCUACUUCGCCGCCUGUGAGGAUGAGACGCCGGCGAUCCGGAACCACGACCGCGUCCUGCAGCGGCUGUGUGAGCACCUGGACCACGCCCUGCUUUACGGGCUGCAGGACAUCUCCUCGGGUUACUGGGUCCUGGUCCUGCAUUUCACCCGCAAGGAGGCCGUCCGGCAGAUCGAGGAGCUGCAGCACAUCGCCACCAACCUCGGCCGCAGUCGGGCCUGGUUAUACCUGGCGUUAAGCGAAAGCUCCCUGGAGAGCUACCUCCGUCUGUUCCAGGAGAACCAGGGCUUGCUGCAGAAGUACUACUUCAAAAACGCCUUGGUCUGCAGCCACGACCACCUCACCCUCUUCCUCACCCUGGUGUCUGGACUGGAAUUCAUCCGAUUUGACCUGGAGCUGGACGUCCCGUACCUGGAUGUCGCGCCUUACAUGCCCGAAUACUACAAACCCCAGAACCUGCCCGACUUCGAAGAGCGGCUGCCCAGCUCCGACAGCCUCUCCCUGCACUCCUUCACCUCCCUGACCUCCACCAACCUGGAGUGGGACGACAGCGCCAUCGCCCCCUCCAGUGAGGAUUAUGAUUUCGGUGACAUCUUCCCCGUGUUGCAGUCAAUGCCAAGUGCAGCAUGGGAAGAAGGUGACCUCACCGACCCGGUCAGCUGUCCUCGCUCCACGACCUCUGACCCCCAGACCGCGGUCGUCCUGCCGACGGGGGCGGGGCCCGGGGCGGGGGCGGCGCUGGGGGCGGGGACGCCGGUGACACCGAGGGGGCCCCCGGUCCCGCCGCGCAGCCCCACGUUUCGGCACAACCCCUUCAACGAGGACUCGGACACCAACACCUCCGCCGACGUCACGCCCGUCCACGCGGCCAGCCGGCACGACACCACCACCGGCGACGAGACGGAGAGCACCAGCACCGAGCUGGAGGUCAUCCGCCUGGCCCGGCGCAGGAAGCCGGGGAAGAAGAGGCGGGGGAGGGAGGCGAUGGAGUCGGUGAGCAGCAGCCGAAACGGCAGCCCCCCGGGGGGGGACGAGGGCGAGGAGGACCCCCAGGAACCGGGCACGCCGGGCUCCGCGCUCGGGGAGGGGUGGGGGGUCGCCGCCUCCACGCCGGGGGCGGGACCCGGGGCUGGCGCGGCGGCGGUGAGGAGGAGGAGGAGCGAGGGGGAGGAAGAGGAAGGUGCGGCGGAGGGAGACGAAGAGGCGGCGGGCUUGCUGAGGCUCCCCGAGAUGACGGACACCUCCAUGGAGAGCGUGGGCCAGCCCCUGAGGGAGGUGAUGGACAGGCUGGACGGCGCCCUGGACGGGCAGGGCUGGGGGGAGGGCGAGGGGGGGGCGGCGGCGGCGGCGGGCUCCGCCCCCGAGGCUAAAGCCAGCUCCCCGCCCCCGCAGCAGCAGCCCUUUCGGGGGGAUUCCGGGGGGGAGCCGCCCGACCCGUCUCCCCGGGACCGUCCCGUGGCCGCGGACCCCAACUUCCUGCGGGCCCCCCCGGCCCCCGCCGACUUCUACCGCUUUGCCCCCCACAGUCCAGAGCCUGCUGCCCCGGGUGGUGGGCACCAUGACCCUGCAGGGCAUGGCCAGCCGACGGCUCUACAUGGUGGCCAUGAAGAUGCGGGAGAAGCAGAGGGACAGGACCCCUCCCUCGCCGUAGCCACUGAGGAGGAGGAGGAGCAGGAGGAAGAGGGGAAGGAGGGAAAACAGGAAGUGCGGGCGGUGCCAGUGGAGAACGGCACCGGCCUGCCAGAGAACGGGGAGGAGGGAGAGCUGGACGAGGAAGAGGAAGAUGGCGAAGAGAACAGGGCCAGUCCGGUGGACGGGACCCAUCCUGCUGAGUUCAGGGUGGACAACAACCACCUGCUGCUGCUCAUGAUCCACGUGUUCAGGGAGAACGAGGAACAGCUUUUCAAGAUGCUGAGGAUGAGCACGGGCUAUAUGGAAGGGGACCUGCAGCCCCUCUACCUGCUGCUGACAGACUGCUACAUCUACCUGCUCCGCAAAGGGGCCGCUGAGAAGCCCUACACAGUGGAGGAGGCCGUGUCCUACAAUGAGCUGGACUACAUUUCUGUGGGCCUGGACCAGCAGACCAUCACACUGGUGUGCACUAACAGGAGGAGGCAGUUCCUGCUGGACACCGCUGACUCCUCCCUGACUGUCUGGUUCCUGGCGGUGCUGAGGUCGGCGAUGGUGAAGGGCUGCCGGGAGCCGCCGUACCCCUCGGUGCUCACCGACGCCACCAUGGAGAAGCUGGCGCUCACCAAGUUUGUGUCUCAGGAGUCUCAGUGUGAGGUAUCGGACGUGUGCAUCCGGCUGUAUUCCCUGGCUCACUGGGAGGACCCCAUGGACGUGUCUGUGGCCCCCCAGGCGGGGCCGCGCAGGCCCUCGGACUCCGGCUCCACUAAGGAGGGGCCGCUGCUGUAUCGCGCCGGGACCACCUACCUGGGCAAGGAGCAGUGGAAGAGCUGCUACCUGGUGCUCAGCAACGGGAUCCUGUAUCAGUAUCCGGAGCGGACGGACGUGAUUCCACUGCUGUCCAUCACCAUGGGGGGGGAGCACUGUGGGGGCUGCCGCAGGGCGAACAGCGUGGAGAGACCCCACUCCUUCCAGGUGAUCCUGACCGAUCGGCCCGCGCUGGAGCUGAGCGCCGAGAACGAGCAGGACAUGGCCGAAUGGAUGCAGCUGCUGUGCCAGUCUGUCUCCAAAGGGGUGAUCCCACAGGGCGUGGCGCCCACCCCCUGCAUCCCAUGCUGCCUCGUGCUGACGGACAGGAAGCUGCUGACGUGUCAUCAGGACUGCCAGACCAGCUUCUUCCGCUCGCUGGGAGGGGCGGACCUUUGUGACAUCACAGGCGUCUGCCUGGAGAGGGACCGGGAGUACUGCAUCAUCGAGUUUGCGGGGGACCGGGCUCACUUCCUGCCCCCCUGGGUCCUGUACUUCAGCGGCAGUGAGGAGAGGGACCGGCUGCUGGGGGCUCUGGAGACCGCCUGGAAGAGCAUUUUCAAGGUGUCCCUGCCCCAGCGGGUCGUGUCGGACCCGUGCGUGCAGAAGCGCUGUGGGGAGGCGCUGGCUCUGAUCAGGAGCGCGUGGCAGCGUAGCGACAGUCUCCAUCGGGGGCGGGCCCAGAGAGAGCCCUGGUGCUGAGCCUGGGGGGGGGCGGGGGGGGGGGGGGGGGGGGAGGAGACAGGGGUUCAGCGCUGUAGCGCUAGCAUGAUGGAUUAUUAGCACACUAUUACUGGGUACGUAUAGCAGCAGCUCUGCUGGGAGAAGCAGGAUUCUGGGAUGGUUCUGUUUUUUAGGUCAGGACUCCGUUGACUGCAGCCCUGGGACCGGCUCUUCAGGUUCGCCUGGUGUUGGAGCAGCUUCGCUGUUCUCCCUUUGGCACGUGCGUUUCCCCUGCAGGAGUUCUGGGUGAAAGACUGCAGUCCCACUCAAUCA